AUCGAAUUCCCCCUGCGAGAGCGCGGACGUUCCCCACGCGCACGUGCGUGAUGUGAUAGUAACCUUGACGAAAACCGGGUGAAUUCAACAUGGAGGCAGCAAUGGCCAUCACGACCAAAUACUGCCAGAAGGAGCUGGAGGAAUACGGUACAUGUGUUGUCUCCCAUCCAGCGACAUGGCAAGAGAAGUGUGUAGACCUGAAGCUGAGGGUGGCACAGUGCACUUCAUCACAUCCUGUGAUAAGAAAGAUCCGGAGCGACUGUGCUGGGGAGUUCUCAGUGUUUGAGCGCUGUCUGCGGGAGAACCAGAGCUCUGCUGAAGCCUGUCAACCUCAUCUCACACGUUUCCUCGCCUGUGUUGAGACCGUCGACCUUUCAGGAAUAGCAAAUGCUGCGCCACAGCCUACGUAGUUUUUUUUUUUUCUCCACUGUUCUGGAUAAUGAGGACAAUAAGAUGUGUUAUAUACUCAGUACCGGGAAGAAAUGGGCUGCGGAGAAGUAUUAUCUUUGAAGAACUGCAACACACACACACACAGAAAAGAAACAAACCUCAGUCUUUUGCACACCCCCCCCCUCAAAAAAAAAAAAAAAUAAUGAUGUCUUAUACUUUUUUUUUUUUGUUUUGUUUUGUUAAUGGAAUGUUUCACAGUAUUUAUGAGAUUUUUACAAGAUUGUUUUUGUCUUGUUUUCCCUUAAUCACAGUUUUCUUUUUUUUCCUUUUUAAACAAGACAUUUAACUAGAUAUUUUGGCUGAAAACUAAAAAAAAAUAAAUCUAGAAAAGCAUUUUUUGUAGUUUAAAAGGUUCCAUGAUAUUCAUGACAUGAAAGUUGCAAUAAAAUACGCAUUUCUAAAUUCUU